GCGCGCAGCCCGCCUCACUCCGCCGUGUGCUCUGGGAAGGAGAAGCCACUGUUUCCGUUCGCUCCUCCGCCAUGGCUCGCGGUCCGAAGAAACACCUGAAGCGUGUGGCUGCCCCGCGUCACUGGAUGCUGGACAAGCUGACCGGCGUGUUCGCGCCCCGGCCGUCCGCCGGCCCGCACCGCCUGCGGGAGUGCCUGCCGCUGAGCAUCUUCCUCAGGAACCGACUCAAGUACGCCCUCACGGGCGACGAGGUGAAGAAGAUCUGCAUGCAGCGCCUCAUUAAGGUCGACGGCAAGGUCAGAACCGAUGUGGCCUACCCAGCGGGCUUCAUGGAUGUCAUCAGCAUCGACAAGAGCGGGGAGAACUUCCGCCUGGUCUACGACACCAAGGGCCGCUUCGCCGUGCACCGCAUCACGCCCGAGGAGGCCAAGUACAAGCUGUGCAAGGUGCGGAAGGUCUUCGUGGGCACCAAGGGCAUCCCGCACCUUGUGACGCACGACGCGCGCACCAUCCGCUACCCCGACCCGCUCAUCAAGGUCAACGACACUGUGCAGAUCUCGCUGGACACCGGCAAGAUCACCGACUCCAUCAAGUUCGAUACCGGCAACCUGUGUAUGGUGACCGGCGGUGCCAACCUGGGGCGCAUCGGCGUCAUCACCAACCGGGAGCGCCACCCCGGCUCGUUCGACGUGGUCCAUGUGAAAGAUGCCAACGGCAACGGCUUCGCCACCCGCCUCUCCAACAUCUUCGUGAUCGGCAAGGGCAACAAGCCAUGGAUUUCUCUUCCCCGAGGAAAAGGAAUACGCCUCACCAUCGCCGAAGAGAGAGACAAGAGGCUGGCGGCCAAGCAGAGCGGGUGAAGUGGACUGAGGGACAUUGGGCGGGGGUUGGGGGGCACACGUUUAUGUUUGCUUUUACUUAAAGUUUUAAAAAGCAUGUUGAAUUAAAAGGGAAGCAAACUUCA